AUGGCUGAGCAGCAAUCAGCUGCAGGCUGCCUGAAUGGAAAGAAGGAGCCCCAAGCGUUCACCUGGGAGGUGAGGGCAAAUGACCGAAACUACCACGUGCAGUGCAGGAAGAAAUUCGCCUUCUGCCUGACCAGGAAGAAGUAUGCGGACAAUGCCAUUAAAACAGCCAAGUACAACCUCCUGACCUUCCUGCCACUAAACCUCUACGAGCAGUUGCACCGAAUGGCCAAUGUCUACUUCCUCUUUGUCAUCCUCUUACAGACCUUUCCAGAAAUCGCCACCCUGCCCUGGUACAGUCUCUUGCUCCCCUUGAGCUGCCUUCUCGCCAUCCGGGGCUUACGAGAUCUUAUUGAUGACAUUGGCCGUCACCAAAGUGACARGAAGAUCAACAACAGGCCAUGUGAAAUUCUGUCUGGGGAGAGGUUCCGCUGGCAGAAGUGGCGUGACAUCCGUGUUGGGGACAUUGUCCGUCUGCGCAAGGAAAACUUGGUCCCGGCCGACAUGCUCUUGCUGUGCAGCUCAGAGCCCAGCAGCUUGUGCUACGUGGAGACCGCAGACAUUGAUGGGGAAACGAACCUAAAGUUCAGGCAGGCUCUUCUGGUCACCCACCAGGAACUGGUGAGCGAGGAGAGCAUGGCUGYGUUUGACGGGAAAGUGAUCUGCGAGGAGCCCAACAGCCGGAUGCACAGCUUCACCGGCACGCUGGAGUGGAAGGGCGAGACCUACUCGCUGGACUGCGAGAGGCUCUUGCUGAGGGGCUGCAAGAUACGCAACACGGAYGUUUGCUAUGGCUUGGUUAUCUAUGCAGGAUUUGAUUCCAAAAUUAUGAGGAAUUGUGGAAAAAUCAAGCGGAAGAAAACCAAACUGAACCACAUGAUGGACAGACUGGUGAUCAUAAUCUUCCUGAUGCUGUUGGCCAUUUCAUUGUGCCUCGCCAUUGCUUCCGGAUUCUGGGCCAGGAGCUUCCAGGAGAAGCACAGCUACCUCUCCGCUCUCUACGAGCACACGACUCCUGCCAAGCAGGCCUUCUUCAACUUCUGGGGCUUCACAAUUCUCCUGAGCGUCAUUAUACCCAUGUCCUUGUAUAUAAUGUUUGAAUUCAUCUACYUGGUGAACAGCUGUUUUAUCAACUGGGAUUUGGAAAUGUAUUAUGCUACCAAGGACAUGCCAGCCAAAGCCAGAAGCACCAGCCUCAACGAUCAGCUUGGCCAGGUUGAAUACAUCUUCUCAGACAAGACUGGCACCUUGACGCAGAAUAUCCUGAGUUUCAAGAAAUGCUGCAUCAACGGGAAAAUCUAYGGUGUGGGCGCAGGCCAGGAGAACAGCCAGCCAUYGGGCUCAGAGUGGCCCUGGAGCCACAGUGCAGAGAAGAAGCUGGAGUUUUAUGACCCUGAGCUGCUGAAAGCCGUCCAGCUGGACACAGAYCCUGUGCUGAGGGAGUUCCUGAGGCUGUUGGCCCUCUGCCACACCGUCAUGGUGGAGGAGAACAACCACCGGCUGGUUUAUCAGGCAGCCUCACCCGACGAAGAAGCGCUGGUGCUGGCGGCCAGGAACCUGGGGUAUGUCUUUCUGGCCCGAACACAAGACACUAUCACCAUCAGUGAGCUGGGGGUGAAGAGGACGUACCAAGUGCUGGCCAUGCUGGACUUCAACAGUGAUCGCAAGAGGAUGUCCAUCCUGGUGCGAGACCCUGAGGGGACAAUCCGGCUCUACACUAAGGGGGCUGACACGGUGAUCCUGGAGAGACUGCACAGGCGGGRACCCCAUGAGACCAUCACUGAGGUGGCACUGGAUCACUUUGCCGCGGAGACCUUGAGGACUUUAUGUGUGGCCAGCAAGGUGGUGAGCGAAGCUGACUACAGCACGUGGAGCAGGAAGUACCAUGAGGCCAGUGUCCUGCUGCAGGAUCGUGCACAGGAGCUUGACAAGCUCUAUGAGGAGAUGGAGCAGAACUUGCAGCUGCUUGGGGCCACUGCCAUUGAAGACAAGCUACAAGACGGAGUCCCAGAGACCAUCCAACUGCUGAAACUGGGCAACAUUAAAGUGUGGGUGCUGACAGGAGAUAAACAAGAGACCGCCAUGAACAUUGGCUAUGCGUGCAAGUUGCUCACAGAUGACAUGGAGAUCCUGGAGGAGAAGGAGAUAAGUGAAAUCCUCGAGGCUUACUGGGUGAGCAACAACAACCUGAGUGGCACUGGGGAUGCUCUGUGUAGUGGCCACCUCUUCCAGCAGUGCCCAGAGGUCUCACACUGUAAGAAGAGAGCUCUCGUCAUCCAUGGAGACUUCCUGGACAAAAUCCUGCACACAGGAGAAGUGGUGAAGAAGGCAGCAGAGCGGAUGGGACAGCGGUCAGCUUGCUUCAAGCCAACAGGCUUGCUGGAACAAGACAGCCUGAUGCAGAGGGCAUUUGUGGACUUGGCCACGAGCUGCCAGGCUGUCAUCUGCUGCAGGGUGACCCCCAAGCAGAAGUCGCUCAUCGUGCAGCUGGUGAAGAAACACAAGAACGCCAUCACGCUGGCCAUUGGAGAUGGUGCCAAUGAUGUCAACAUGAUCAAAACUGCUGACAUCGGGGUGGGCAUCAGCGGGCUGGAGGGCGUGCAGGCCGUGCAGUGCAGUGACUAUGCGCUGGCUCAGUUCCGCUACCUCCAGCGCCUCCUGCUUGUCCACGGCCGCUGGGCUUACCUCCGCAUCUGCAAGUUCCUCCGCUACUUCUUCUACAAGACCUUCGCUGGCCUCAUGGCCCAGGUCUGGUUCGCGUUCCACAAUGGAUUCACRGCUCAGCCUUUGUAUGAGGGCUGGUUCCUUGCGCUCUAUAACAUGUUCUACACCACCUACCCUGUGCUCUCCAUGGGCCUUCUGGAGCAGGAUGUAAGUGCCAAGAAGAGUCUGGAGUUCCCUGAACUUUAUGUGAUUGGGCAGCGAGACGAGCUCUUCAACUACCGUACCUUUGCUGUGACCCUCCUGCACGGCGUCAGCACCUCACUUGCCAGCUUCUACAUUGCGCUCUGGGCCUUUGAGGACAGAGUUGGCAGCAACGUUGCUGGGGACUAUGAGUCCUUUGCCGUCACUGUUGCCACAUCAGCUUUUCUUUCAGUGAUCAUGGAGAUCAUCAUGUACACAAAGUUCUGGACUGCAUUGUCCUUCCUGAUGGUCACAGCCAGCGUGCUAUUCUUCUGUCUCUUCUCCUUCCUGACCCAAAACUUCAAUGCCUUCAGAUUAGCCCCUGCUGUCUUCCGCUUCCCAGAUGCCAGCAAGAAUGCCCUGACYGACCCGUAUGUUCUGCUGAUUGUCCUGCUCUCCUUGGUGGUGAACACUGUCCCCUCACUCACCAUCCGCUUCUACCGUACUGUCAUGGGCAAAACCACCAUUCAGCAGAAGAUCCACUUGAAGACGAAGCGGCAGCCGGAGCCCUCGGUGGAGCUGCGCGCUCACAUCCGYCGCGGCUCCUUUCGUCGCCGUUCCGGUUAUGCCUUCUCCCACCAGGAAGGCUAUGCAGGUCUCAUCACCCGGGGGGACAGCCUGCGUGUGAAGGGUGCCUGCAGCCCUAUCUCGAGUGCCCUUCGCCAAGAAGAAGCCUCCGCUUCAUCCUCCCUCCAUGUGGCCUCUGCAUAA